UCAAAACAUCGCCGCAUCUUCCCAUAAGUAAGGAGCGCGGCGGCCAAAUGUAUCGCCAACUCAUCUUUCUACUGACGAUUCUGCAGCUUUCAUUCAGUAAAACGAUUGAGGAUGGGGAAAGGUCAUCUGAGAAUGACACACUCAUUGAAAUGUACGACUCCACUCAGCUGGUAAAAAUGCCAGUCCGAAAAGUAAGAGCGUAUGGCACAAAUGAAAUAGCAGAAUAUAAACAUGGACAUACUGUAGACGUCAACAUAGAUAAUGUUGUAUGCGCAUCUAACAGUAUCACCGUAACCGUGGAGUUUAAGGAGCGUUUUAAUGGAGUUAUUUAUAGCAAAGGGUAUUACAGUGACCCCAACUGCAGGUACGUUCAAUCGGGUACUGGCAAGACAUCAUAUACUAUUGUGAUACCGACGAACAAAUGUGGCUCCAAUGGGGCCUCUGGUGUCUGCAAAUCAGAGUCGUGUGGACUGGGCCAUUCUGUUGAAAACAUUAUCAUCAUACAGUCCGAUCAAGACGUUCAGGAAGCUUGGGACAUAGCGCGAAAAAUAUCUUGCGGAAGCCCUAACACCAACUCAAAUGCUGUCCACUUUAAACCAAUAUUAGUUGAUAUGCUGGAAGUUGUGUCAGUACCAGGUGACAGCGGAUCCAUAGAUUGCUGGAUGGAUAUCCAACGAGGACAAUACCCUCAGGUAACACCGAUUGAAGGAAUAAUCAAAAUAGGUGAAAAACUGAGUCUUCUAGUUUAUGUGAAAGACAGAGAAAAUAAAUAUGACAUUUUGGUACACGAUUGUUAUGCAUAUGAUAAUGAAAAUUAUAAUGAUGGCAAAACGACAAAACUUCAACUUACUGAUGUUGAUGGAUGUCCAAAAAAACCUAAACUGAUAUCAAAUUGGAAAACAUCAAAAACAAAUUUACCAAAUGGCGCUACAAUGGUAGCAUACAAUGAAAUGACAGCUUUUAAAUUUCCAGACAGGCAACAAGUUUACUUAACUUGUAACAUUGAGUUAUGUACGGGAAAAUGUCAAGGGGGAUGUCAAAAAACAAGCCCCCAGUGCUACCCUGGAUCGACAGAUCCAAGAUGCGCAAGGCCAACACAACCUCCGACGUCUCCAAAGACACAAUGCUAUCCUGGUUCUACAGAUCCUAGAUGUCCUAGACCAACUCCACGGCCAACACCGUCAAGACCUCAAUGCUACCCAGGAUCAUUAGAUCCAAACUGUCCAAGACCAACCACACAACGGCCCCCACAAACUCAAGGUCCUCAAUGUUAUCCAGGCUCUACUGAUCCAAGAUGCCCAAGGCCAACACAACCAUCGACGUCUGCACGACCUCAAUGCUAUCCAGGAUCUACUGAUCCAAGAUGCCCAAGGCCAACCCAACCGCCGACGUCUCCAAGACCACCGUGUUAUCCAGGUUCUACUGAUCCAAGAUGCCCAAGCCCAAGCACACAACGGCCGCCACAAACUCAAGGUCCUCAAUGUUAUCCAGGCUCUACUGACCCAAGAUGCCCAAAGCCAACCCAACCGCCGACGUCUCCACAACCUCGAUGCUAUCCAGGCUCUACUGAUCCAAGAUGCCCAAGGCCAACACAACCUCCAACUGCUCCAAAACCGCAAUGUUACCCAGGAUCGUUAGAUCCAAACUGUCCAAGGCCAACCACACAACGGCCCCCACAAACUCAAGGUCCUCAAUGUUUUCCAGGCUCUACUGAUCAAAGAUGCCCAAGGCCAACACAACCUCCAACGGCUCCAAAACCGCAAUGCUACCCGGGAUCAUUAGAUCCUAGAUGUCCUAGACCAACUCCACGGCCAACACCGUCAAGACCUCAAUGCUACCCAGGAUCAUUAGAUCCAAACUGUCCAAGACCAACCACACAACGGCCCCCACAAACUCAAGGUCCUCAAUGUUAUCCAGGCUCUACUGAUCCAAGAUGCCCAAGGCCAACACAACCAUCGACGUCUGCACGACCUCAAUGCUAUCCAGGAUCUACUGAUCCAAGAUGCCCAAGGCCAACCCAACCGCCGACGUCUCCAAGACCACCGUGUUAUCCAGGUUCUACUGAUCCAAGAUGCCCAAGCCCAAGCACACAACGGCCGCCACAAACUCAAGGUCCUCAAUGUUAUCCAGGCUCUACUGACCCAAGAUGCCCAAAGCCAACCCAACCGCCGACGUCUCCACAACCUCGAUGCUAUCCAGGCUCUACUGAUCCAAGAUGCCCAAGGCCAACACAACCUCCAACUGCUCCAAAACCGCAAUGUUACCCAGGAUCGUUAGAUCCAAACUGUCCAAGGCCAACCACACAACGGCCCCCACAAACUCAAGGUCCUCAAUGUUUUCCAGGCUCUACUGAUCAAAGAUGCCCAAGGCCAACACAACCUCCAACGGCUCCAAAACCGCAAUGCUACCCGGGAUCAUUAGAUCCUAGAUGUCCUAGACCAACUCCACGGCCAACACCGUCAAGACCUCAAUGCUACCCAGGAUCAUUAGAUCCAAACUGUCCAAGACCAACCACACAACGGCCCCCACAAACUCAAGGUCCUCAAUGUUAUCCAGGCUCUACUGAUCCAAGAUGCCCAAGGCCAACACAACCUCCAACGGCUCCAAAAGCGCAAUGCUACCCAGGAUCAUUAGAUCCAAAUUGUCCAAGGCCAAGCACACAACGGCCGCCACAAACUCAAGGUCCUCAAUGUUAUCCUGGCUCUUCUGAUCCAAGAUGCCCAAGGCCAAGCACACAACAGCCGCCACAAACUCAAGCUCCACAAUGUUACCCUGGCUCGACCGAUCCAAGAUGCCCACGGCCAAGUCAACCUCCCACAACUGUUUCUCUGUGUUAUCCGGGAUCACCAAACCCUCAUUGUUCAAAACCAACAGUUCGACCGCCUGCUACUUAUUUGCCUCCUGCACCACCUACUACUGCUCCAAUUGGACGUCCAAAAUGUUAUCCUGGCUCCACAGAUCCAAGAUGUCCAAAACCAACACAACCACCACAAUGUUACCCCGGAUCAAAUGAUCAGAGGUGUCCGAAACCACCUCGCCUACCACCUCCGCCACCUCAGUGUUAUGCUGGAUCCAAUGAUCCGAGGUGUCCAAAGCCACCUCAACCACCAACUCCACCACCUCAAUGUUAUCCUGGAUCAAAUGAUCCGAGGUGUCCGAAGCCACCUCAACCACCAACUGCACCACCCCAACCACCAACUCCACCAGCUCAAUGUUAUCCUGGAUCAAAUGAUCCGAGGUGUCCGAAGCCACCUCAACCUCCCCAAUGUUACCCGGGAUCGAGUGAUCCAAGAUGCCCGAAACCUCAACCUUCUAGGCCAGCGACACCUGCACCUACUCAACGACCCCAAUGUUAUCCCGGAUCCAGUGAUCCAAGAUGCCCGAAACCUCAACCUUCUAGGCCUCCGACACCUGCGCCUACCCAAGGACCCCAAUGUUAUCCAGGAUCCAGUGAUCCACGAUGCCCAAAACCUCAACCUUCUAGGCCUCCGCCACCUGCGCCUACCCAAGGACCCCAAUGUUAUCCUGGAUCGACAGAUCCGAGAUGUCCAAGGCCAACUCAACCAUCUACCCAACGACCUCUAUGUUAUCCCGGAUCUAUUGAUCCACGAUGCCCGAAACCUCAACCUUCUCGACCACAAACCCCAGUCCCUACUCAAGGACCUCAAUGUUAUCCUGGAUCAUCUGAUCCUAGAUGUCCAAGGCCAACUCAUCCAACUACUCAACGACCCCAAUGUUAUCCAGGAUCCAGUGAUCCAAGAUGCCCAAAACCUCAACCUUCUAGGCCUCCGACACCUGCGCCUACCCAAGGACCCCAAUGUUAUCCAGGAUCCAAUGAUCCGCGAUGCCCCAAACCUCAACCUUCUCAACCACAAACACCAGUCCAUACACAAGGACCUCAAUGUUAUCCUGGAUCAUCUGAUCCUAGAUGUCCCAGGCCAACUCAGCCAACUACUCAACGACCUCUAUGUUAUCCAGGAUCUAGUGAUCCAAGAUGCCCGAAAUCCCAACCUUCUCGACCACCAACCCCAGUCCCUACUCAAGGACCACAAUGCUAUUCUGGAUCGACAGAUCCUAGAUGUCCAAGGCCAACUCAGCCAACUACACAACGACCUGUAUGUUACCCUGGAUCGAAUGAUCCGAAAUGUACUAAACCGCCACCUUCUCGACCACAACUUCCCGUCCCCACUCACGUUCCUCAAUGUUAUCCAGGAUCAACAGACUCAAGAUGUUCCCCGCCUACAGCCCGACCCCCUGCGACAUAUUUGCCCCCAGGACUUACUGUGCCCACUAAACGGCCGACUAAACCACCAGUAUGUUACCCGGGAUCGAGUGAUCCUAGUUGCCCACAACCUCAACCUCCUCGCCCACAAACCCCAGUCCCUACUCAAGGACCUCAAUGUUAUCCUGGAUCGACAGAUCCUAGAUGUCCCAGACCAACGCAACCAACUACUCAACGACCUCUAUGUUAUCCCGGAUCUAGUGAUCCACGAUGCCCGAAACCUCAACCUUCCCGACCACAAACCCCAGUCCCUACUCAAAGACCGCAAUGCUAUCCUGGAUCAACAGAUCCUAGAUGUCCAAGGCCAACUCAACCAUCUACCCAAAGACCUCUUUGUUACCCGGGAUCGAGUGAUCCUAGUUGCCCAAAACCUCAACCUUCUAGGCCGCAGACACCUGCGCCUACUCAAGGACCUCAAUGUUAUCCUGGAUCGACAGAUCCUAGAUGUCCCAGGCCAACUCAACCAACUACACAACGACCUCUAUGUUAUCCCGGAUCUAUUGAUCCACGAUGCCCGAAACCUCAACCUCCCCGACCACAAACCCCAUUCCCCACUCAAGGACCGCAAUGCUAUCCUGGAUCAACAGAUCCUAGAUGUCCCAGACCAACUCAACCAACUACUCAACGACCUCUAUGCUAUCCCGGAUCUAGUGAUCCACGAUGCCCGAAACCUCAACCUUCCCGACCACAAACUCCAGUCCCUACUCAAGGACCGCAAUGCUAUCCUGGAUCAACAGAUCCUAGAUGUCCAAGGCCAACUCAACCAUCUACCCAACGACCUCUAUGUUACCCGGGAUCGAGUGAUCCUAGUUGCCCAAAACCUCAACCUUCUAGGCCGCAGACACCUGCCCCUACUCAAGGACCUCAAUGUUAUCCUGGAUCGACAGAUCCUAGAUGUCCCAGGCCAAUUCCACCAACUACUCAACGACCUCUAUGUUAUGCAGGAUCUAGUGAUCCCCAAUGCCCGAAACCUCUACCUUCUCGACCACAAACCCCAAUCCCUCCUCAAGGACCGCAAUGCUAUCCUGGAUCAACAGAUCCUAGAUGUCCAAGGCCAACUCAACCAACUACUCAACGACCUCUAUGUUAUCCCGGAUCCAGUGAUCCACGAUGCCCCAAACCUCAACCUUCUCGACCACAAACACCAGUCCCUACUCAAGGACCUCAAUGUUAUCCUGGAUCGACAGAUCCUAGAUGUCCUAGGCCAACUCCACCACCUACUCAACGACCUCUAUGUUAUCCGGGAUCUAGUGAUCCACGCUGCCCGAAACCUCAACCUUCUAGGCCAGCGACACCUGCACCUACUCAACGACCCCAAUGUUAUCCCGCGUCAACUGAUCCAAGAUGUUCUUCUUCCCCACCUUUUCAACCCUCUACCUUGCCAGAUUAUCCAAAUGAUUGUUAUCCUGGAUCUCCUGACCCUAAGUGUCCUAAACCUGACAGACCUUCUUCGACCCAGUUCCCCCCAACUUAUCUGCCUCCUUUUCCCAUUGAUGGUGAAAGUUCACCUGAACAAGUGGUUAUUUCCAGUGGUCCCCGCUUAAAACGAGAAGAAACUGGUAUUAACCGAAUGAAACGUUUUGUUGGACUGCCUAAUAUUGUUACACAUGAUGGUGAACAAAUGUCACGGUCAAAACGAAAUAUAAACAAUCAAGAUGGCCAGCAUUUCCAAAUGUCAGAUCACUUUUCAGCCUUCUUUAAAAGUGAUGUUUUUACUUUCGCUAUUGCAGCGAUUAUUAGUUUGUGUGCUAUUGUGAUAGUUUUAGCAAUUAGGAAAGGACACGGAAUGGUGAAAAACAAACAAAUUCACGAUUUGUUGUGUAAUAAUUAACGUUCUAAACUACAACAAUACAAUUUUAAAGUGCCAUUCACUAAACAUUUUUGAAUUGAGUGUACGUUGUGUCUGUAUUUUCGUUUUUCAAAAACGAGGGAAGGAAAAUGUAUUUCAUAUAUAUGUAAACAGUUUCCUCCUACAGUAUCCAUCUGGACAUAUUUUCUAUAAAAGUUGUUUUACAAUAGUACUGUGUACUAUCGAGUUCAUAAAAUUAUUUUUUAAAUUGCA